AUGAAGGUUGAUAUUCACAAUCAUAUUUUACCAAAGGAGUGGCCCGACCUGAAGCAGAGGUACGGCUAUGAUGGGUUUGUCCAGCUUCACCAUCACUGCAAGGGCGAAGCAAAGAUGAUGAAGGAUGGGAAGGUUUUCCGGGUAAUACAGGAAAACUGCUGGGAUCCAAAUGCUCGCAUAAAGGACAUGGAUAAACACGGUGUCGCGCUGCAGGCCCUUUCGACCGUUCCUGUGAUGUUCAGUUAUUGGGCUAAGCCUCACGACACACUCGAUCUCUGUGUCCUUUUGAAUGACGACUUGGCUGAGACAGUGCGUAGCCACCCCAAGAGGUUUGUGGGCCUGGGCACGCUGCCCAUGCAGGCCCCUGAUUUAGCUGUGAUGGAGAUGAGGCGCUGUGUGAAGGAGCUAGGCUUCCCUGGGGUCCAGAUUGGGUCACAUAUCAACAACUGGGACCUCAAUGCCUCUGAACUCUAUCCCUUCUAUGCUGAAGCAGAGGAGCUGGGCUGUUCCAUAUUUGUCCACCCAUGGGACAUGCAGACAGAUGGGAGGAUGGCAAAGUACUGGCUACCCUGGCUAGUGGGUAUGCCAUCUGAGACAACCAUGGCUAUUUGCUCGAUGAUAUUUGGUGGUAUCUUUGAGAGAUUUCCAAAACUGAAAGUCUGCUUUGCUCAUGGAGGUGGCUCUUUCCCAUUCACUGUUGGCAGAAUUGAACACGGCCACAAAGUCCGCCCUGACCUUUGUGCAGUUGACAACGAUGUCAGUCCACGGAAAUACCUCGGUUCUUUUUACACCGACUCCCUGGUUCACGAUCCCGCCUCCCUGAAGCUGCUCAUUGACAUUAUUGGAAAAGAUAAAGUGAUGCUGGGAACAGAUUAUCCAUUCCCACUUGGUGAGCUACAGCCAGGGUCACUCAUUGAGUCGAUGGAUGUGUUUGAUGAUACACUAAAGGAUAAACUGCUUGCUGGAAACGCACUAGAAUUCUUGGGACUGAAACGGGAGCUUUUUAUGUAA